GAGUUUUUAUUAUUCAUUUAGGACUGGAGUUUAAUUCAGUGCUUUUUGUGCAUCCAUAAAAAAUCGGCCAACUAAUCGAUUAUGAAUAAAAUCGUUAGUUUUAGCCCUACUCUCUUUACUUAUUUAUUGCUCGAACCGGACUCGUUCCGUUAGCAAAUAUUUUUACCGGUAUUAUCUCUCUCUAUACAUAUACCCAUCUGAAUUUAUCUUAGUUUUGAAGCUGUGAUCUAAGAAACACCAAUCUCUCUGCCGUCGCAGAGGCGAAGUUCCUGGAACUUCUUAUAAGAAAUCGCCCCAUGUAAUACUUCUCUCAAUGUAAUACACGCAUUUCUUAUAUCAUUGAAUCCCUUCCACAGAGACAGCAAUACACUAUGACUUCAUAAAAUUCUAAUUCUAAAUCAAUGACUCCCUUCCAUACACACAGCAAUACACUAUGACUUCAUAAAAUUCUAAUUCUAAAUCAAUGACUCCCUUCCAUACACACAGCAAUACACUAUGACUUCAUAAAAUUCUAACUCUAAAUUCGUGAUGAUUCCCACCAGUCAUCGGUGAGGCUUCAUCUGUCUUUCGCUCUACACAACAAAUGGCAAACCGCCUUCGUGUCAACACGGACUUCAGGGUGAAACUUUUCCACGAGCGUCCUCCGGUUUGCUUGCUGUCUAGAAAAGCUGAAUGACUCGCGCAGCCCAGCCAGGAGACGCCAAACUGUCGUGGAAAUUAGACAACACUCGCAGACUCGUCCUCUGAAGGUAUCGCAAUGAAGUGCAUGCUGACUCACCUGACCCGCUGGGCCACGCCCACUCUGAGCCGUGCCGCACGUUCUGGGAUGCGCUCGUCCUCGACGGUGGCGUCUCGUACGAAACGCGACGAGGCUGCGCUCUCAUCCGAGGACAUUUUCUCUCGAGAGGAGCGGUUCGGAGCUCACAACUACCACCCGCUACCCGUCGCCCUGCACAGAGGAGAGGGCGUUCACGUGUGGGACGUCGAGGGGCGUCGGUAUUAUGACUUCCUCAGUGCGUACAGUGCCGUAAAUCAGGGUCACUGCCACCCAAAAAUCGUGGCUGCUCUGACCGGACAGGCGUCCAGACUCGCGCUGACCUCCAGAGCCUUCUACAACGACGUGCUGGGGGAGUACGAGGAGUACAUCACCUCUCUGUUCGGCUACAACAAAGUCCUGCCCAUGAACACAGGUGUCGAAGGCGGAGAGACGGCGUGCAAACUGGCACGCAAAUGGGCUUACUGCGUUAAAGGCGUUCCCCAGUACCAGGCCAAGAUCGUCUUCGCAGAGGGGAAUUUCUGGGGUCGUACGAUGGCGGCCAUUUCCAGCUCCAACGACCCCAGCAGCUACGAGGGGUUUGGACCGUUCAUGCCCGGGUUCGAGCUCGUGCCCUACAACGACAUCCCGGCUCUGGAGAAAGCCUUUCAGGACCCUAAUGUUGCUGCCUUCAUGGUGGAGCCCAUCCAGGGGGAAGCAGGUGUUGUGGUACCUGACGCAGGUUACCUGUGCAAAGUGCGCGAGCUGUGCACCAAAUACAACGUUCUGUUUAUCGCUGAUGAGGUACAGACGGGUUUGGCUCGGACAGGACGCAGGUUGGCUGUAGAUCACGAGGAAGUGCGGCCGGACCUGGUGGUGCUGGGAAAAGCUCUGUCUGGAGGGAUGUAUCCUGUGUCUGCGGUGCUGUGUGAUGAUGAGGUGAUGUUGACGAUUAAACCAGGUGAGCACGGCUCCACCUACGGAGGAAACCCGCUGGCCUGCAGAGUCGCCAUCUCCGCCCUACAGGUCAUGGAGGAGGAGAAGCUGGCAGAGAACGCAGCAGAAAUGGGGAAGAUUUUGAGGGCGGAGCUUAACAAGCUGCCCAAAGAGAUUGUAACAAAGGUGCGAGGGAAAGGCCUCCUCAACGCCAUCGUCAUCAAGGAGACUAAAGAUUACAACGCCUGGCGAGUGUGCCUGCGUCUCCGCGACAACGGGCUAUUAGCCAAACCCACUCACGGUCACAUCAUCAGGCUGGCCCCGCCCCUCAUCAUCAAGGAAGACGAGAUCCGGGAGUGCGCUGAAAUCAUCCAGGGAACCAUCUUGUCCUUUUAAAAGGCUCUCGAUCUUCAGUAACACUUACACUUUAAUCUAAACCUCUCGAGUCCACGCGCACGCACGGCGAGUGUUUAAACGAGUGUUUAAAAGGUUUUAUGUUUGUUAGAGAAGAGGUGAAAGCUAGGAGUGUGUAGGGAAGGCUUGUUAAUUUUAGGCUAAGCCUAGUUCUGGCCUCAGACUUUCUAAAUUACAAGUGAACGUGCUUAGUCUAGGACUAAUAUGGAGAGAGAGAGAAAAUAAUUUUGUUUGUUUUAGUGAGCUUUAAAAUGUGCAUUUUUUAUAUAUAUAUAUAUAUAUAUAUAUAUAUAUAUAUAUAUAUAUAUAUAUAUAUAUAUAUAUAAAGAUUAAUUAGGAUAGCUUGGGAUAGCAGGAGUUUGAAGGGUUACAUUUGUGUGUGUGUGUGUUUUGCUCAGUUGUGAUAAAGUAGAUCAACAGUUUCACUAAAUUACAUAUUAUGUUUCAUAUUAUAACUAAUAUAUAUAACUAACAACAAACAUGUCAUUUCCCAUUGAACUGAAUUGUACUGUAUCAAAAGACUAGGUUUAACUCAAGACAGGGUUCAGUUUAGUCUAAAACAAGCUUGUAUGGGUUUUGCACAGAACUGCGUUAGAACCGUAUCCGUUUUCUGUAUACGCUUUACAUAUACGUUUAUUUUACGUAUACGCAUACCGUAUACGCUUUACAUAUACGUUUAUUUUACGUAUACGCAUACCGUAUACGCUUUACGAACAUAAAACUGACAACACUUUCCGUUAAAACGAAAACAGUUACCUGAACACACCUGUGUAAACACACCAGGUGAAAUGACACCAUCUCACGUCAGUCAGCUGUAAAACAUUCCACACGUGGAGUACCGUUAUAUCUGUUAGGUAAGCUGGGAUCACAUCCAAACAUAGCACACUCAACCCCGAAGAGAACAUCACGUUCCCAUGUUUAAAGUCUAAUCUGAAGUUUAUUUCAUCUGUAUUCAGAAACUAAACUGCUUCGUUUUCAGUUAGCUUUGUACCUCCUUUAUGACGAGAUAAAGAAAUGGUUCAGAUCUACGCUACACUCUCUUUUACCCAAAAUGUAGUCGGUUAUCCAGCGAGGCUACCCUAGCUAGCGAUAGCUACCGUUUUAGCCACGUAGCUCCAGCACAGAGCUAAAAAACUGAACUUUGAACAGGAAACAUGUCUUUACCGGUGAAGUAUUUUUGCGUCCUGGACGAAUACUUCUCGUAGCCAAUCAUCAGUGUGUGUCUCUGGCUCCUCCCCCUCCUGAGCGAAAAGUCUCCUUAGGCAAGAAUUUCUUUGGAUCUGUAUACAAAGGGCUUCAAACAUUUCUGAGCAGACUGCAGACUGGUGGGCGUGUCUUUGAAGCCAUUAUGGACUUUAAAUGUUUUUGGAAUUCUUGAGUUCUGCCUAAAUGGUGGAGCCUUCGGAGUAUGCUCUGUAGUGGGCGGAGCCUUCAGUGCUCUCUCUGUGAAGGGCGGAGCCUUCAGAGUUCUGCAUGUAGAGGGCGUAGUCUUCAGAGUUCUCACUGUAGAGGGCGUAGUCUUCGGAGUUCUCACUGUAGAGGGCGGAGCCUUCGUAGUUCUGCAUGUAGAGGGCGUAGUCUUCGGAGUUCUCACUGUAGAGGGCGGAGCGUUCUGAGUUCUUACUGUGGAGGGUGGAGCCUUCGGAGUUCUCACUGUAGAGGGCGGAGCCUUCGGAGUUCUUACUGUGGAGGGUGGAGCCUUCAGAGUUCUAUGUCGUCGCUGGAGCCUUAGGAAAGAGUAAGGCUCAUGUGCUCAUGAUCGACUCCAAGACACACCUAUAUUCCCAUUUAUGGUCUUAAAUGCACAUUCAGUUAGAGCAUUACUCAUUUGCAUAUUAUGGCCUCGUGACACGCCCACAUUUGAAAACGUGAACUACACCAUGGUCAUGUAGCUGAAGUGACGCAACGCAGUAGCUUUUCCGUGUCUAAAAUCAGCUCUGAUGAAUUUGCAGGGAAUUUUUGAAAUGACUCUGGAGUGGGCGGAGUCAGUCGCAGGCGCACACUGAUGACACAAUGACAUAAACGUCACCUGUUCAACCCAAAGGUUUCAAAUCUUCUGGUUAUAUUUAUCCCUGUGAUGAUUUUGAAGGACAGUAAGCUGAAAUCUUGUUACAGAAUUAACCCACAGUGAGGAUCCACUGAGAACUGAGCGCUAAUGCACUAUAAUUUAUACCUAUGAUAAGAUGUAUGUGAUGUGGAUGAUAGUCUGGAGUGUGUGUGUGCGUGUGUGUGUGCAUUACUCGGUUAAAAGUAUCUACCAAUUGAGUGCUGUUCCAACAUGAAUCUGAAGUGUGCACAGAAUAAAUAAAAACGGUAAAAAGUU